GUAGCCAUGGUGAUAAACUACACAAAGAUACCGCAAACUACCUGUCGCUCAUGGCAGCCUCUCGUGGUCUUAACAAACAGGACGCUCUCCGGAAACUCAUCGAGAAAACUGUACAACUACAUCACGGUAUUCUCGAAUUUCUGAGACCGCGUCCUGAGGCAUAUGACGCCUAUGUCGCAUUUUUCAAUGGGUAUUUCAAAUUCCACGCUACCUUUGGAAGGUAUAAGCUGGAGGAGAUCAUGUAG